AGUACCAGCGUCUCAUCAUUCCCCAUAUCACUCUCCCGUUGCCCAACAAAUGCCCAAACCUUUGACUAUGCUGUCUGCAGACUCCUCUUGAAUGUUUGUCACUUUGUCUCACUGGGUGCAGCAAAGCCGCACAGUGACAGAGAUAGUGAUGAACGACCUCUCUAGCGUAGCUCCGAGAGACCAGCGUUGUUGUUCUUGCAAUCCCAUUCCUCCUCUAUUCCUCUACAUUGUCAUACCCCUCUUUCUUCUCGGUCUCUUUGUCUCCAUUUUCAUGCUCAUUGUUGUCCAUAACGCCCUCUUCUUUGCCUCUUUUCUUGUGCUCUCGGCUCUCGUCCUCGCCUUCAUUGUCUGGAAUACCCAUCACUGGAAGACGAAAAGGGCAAUCCUUUUCUUUCUUCGCUCUCUUCCUGAGUCUGACCUUGGGGUGGCUCGUGAGGGACAGCUCGUUAAGAUCACUGGGAUUGCAUCAUGUGGGAGUGUCGCUCUGGAAUCUUCCUAUGAAAAAGUUACCAGAUGUGUGUACGCAUCUACACUUUUGUAUGAGUACAGAGGUUUUGAUUUCACACCAGUGAAUCUCAAGAGACCAUGCUUUCGGUGGAGUUUAUCAUAUUGUGAGAGGACUGCCACUGACUUUUACAUAACUGAUAGAAAGUCUGGUGUCAGAGCUUUGGUGAAAGCCGGUUCUGGAUGUAAAGUUAUGCCCUUGGUCAUCGAGAGCAAACUUGUGAAUACUACCAGAAGAUGCAGAACUUUAUCUCCUCACCUGAAGAAAUGGUUAAGAGACAGAAACCUCUCAGAAGAAGCACGUUUACUGCGUCUUGAAGAGGGGUACGUUCAGGAAGGCAGUUGUAUGACUGUGAUUGGAAUGUUGCAUCGAAAUAAUGAUAUAUUAAUGAUUAUGCAACCAGCAGAGAUCAUCUCCUCAGGAUGUCUCCACCAAAAGCUUCUUCUCCCAGUUGACAUUGAUGGGUUGAUCCUACAGGUGCCUCAAAUGGCCAGCCUUGUGACAAACCAAGAGUCAGUGCACCAACCAGACCGGUAAUGCCUGAUAAUAAAGAUAAUUAGGAGCUCGUGAUAUCCGUAGAGAGGCUAUCUCAAAAGAGCUACUGCUAUUAUCAGAGGAACUACUAAAGGGCUGCACUCAUUGUCUUUCUUAGGGGAGAAAAAAAUAAAAAAUAAAAAGCCAAGGGAAUCCACUCCUUAACUGUGAAGCUGAUCUUUGUGAAGUGCGGAGGAUCUUUUUUUCUCAUUAACAAGAAAUAGUUGACUAAGGGAUUAGGCUAAACAUAAACGUAUUAGAUGAGUGUAUGAGAUAAUUAGGAGCUCGUAAUAUUUUAAAUUUCUGGUAAAACAUUCUGUAGAAAUUUGGCCCUAAUUUAGAUUAUAAUUCUUCUGAAUUUUCAGUGGCCAUGUAUCUUCGCCUGCCAUAGUUGUUUCUUUAAGAAACGAUGGUUUAUCAAAGAAUGGUAUAUGGUAUAUAAA